AUGUAUGUUGGUGACACCGAUCCUUUUGAGUGGAUCCAAAAGUUUGAAGCAGCCAUGACCCUUCACGGCGAGACGGAUCUCCUCAUGUGGAGGACUUUCCCUACGCUUCUGGGAGGGAGAGCGCUGACAUGGUACACCACUCUACCCACUGGUAGCAUUGCGUCCUGGGACGAUUUGGCAAACAAGUUUCAGUCCCACUUCGCAACCAGUCGCCCUGUGCCUAAGUCCGUUCAUUCCCUUGAAAAAAUUCGCCAACAAUCUGGUGAGUCCCUCAGAUCCUUUUUGGACCGCUUUGAUAAAGAGGCCCUGCAGGUGCAGGGCUUAGACCCAAAGGUGCAGGUGCAUAUACUCCUUUCAGGCUUGCGACAGGGAGUGAUCUCUUAUGAACUCACCCGACACGAAAUUAAUGACUUAGAAGAGGUCAGGAAAAAAGCCCAGAAGUUCAUGAGAAUUGAAGAGUAUAAAGGGAGUCGAGUUGAUGACGCCCCUAACCAAGAGAAAACAGUUAGUAAAAGUAAGAACCAAGUUGAAGAAAGCAGGAAGGGUCAUAAAUCAUCUAAGUAUGCAAGUCGCCCUUCUGGACGUGACGCAUCAGGAUGCCAAUCACACAGCGUCCUGCAAACUGAAUACAAAGAAGAGCCCAAGAGUAACCAACGGCCCCAGCAGUCGACCAGAGAAGCCGCCGCAUACUGCAAGUUCCAUCGCAGCAACAGUCACAGUACCGAGGAAUGCAGGCACCUCAAAGAUGAGAUUGAUGAGCUCAUCAAGGGCGGUGCUCAAAGGCGCGGAGGUGACGGUGCACGCCCUACCGGCACAGGAAGGUGA